AUGGAUGUGAAAGACAGGAAGCCAUACCGUUCUUUGACCAAACGCUGCGAUGCUGAACGCCGCUACACCAGCUCCUCCGCAGAGAGCGAGGACAGCAAAAUCCCUCAGAAGUCGUACAGCUCCAGCGAGACUCUGAAAGCUUAUGACCAGGAUUCCAGAAUGAUCUAUGGCAAUCGGGUUAAAGACAUGGUACCCCAAGAAGCAGACGAGUACUGUCGAACAGGAACCAACUUUUCUUUACAAGAACUGGGCUUUGAAGAUGUCUCGCCGCCCCACGGGACUUUAUACCGGACUGACUUAGGACUGCCCCACGGCAGCUACUCCAUCAGCGCUGGCUCCGACGCCGAUACGGAAACGGACGCCAUCAUGUCUCCAGAACACCCGGUGCGGUUGUGGGCCCGCAGCACCAAGUCCGGCCGUAGCUCCUGUUUAUCCAGCAGAGCCAACUCCAACCUUACCUUGACCGAUACAGAACAUGACAACACAGAAACAGAUCAUCCAAGCCUUUCGAACCCCUCCAGACUCCGGACGCCUCCCCCUCCUCUUUCUCACGCCCACACGCCAAACCAGCACCACGCAGCAUCCAUCAACUCUUUAAAUCGGGGGAACUUCACACCACGCAGUAAUCCCAGCCCUGCUCCUACGGACCACUCGCUCUCCGGAGAGCCACAGGCAGGGAACCAAGAAUCUACGCACGCUCAGGACAACUGGUUACUGAACAGUAACAUCCCCCUGGAGACAAGAAACAUACCAAAGCAGACAUUCCUAGAGACAUUACAGGACAACUUCAUUGAGAUGGACAUUCUUACCUCUUCCCGACAUGACGGUGCUUUCAGUGAUGGGCACUUCCUGUUUAAACCUGGAGGGACGUCUCCACUCUAUUGUACCACCUCGCCAGGGUAUCCCUUGACAUCCAGCACGGUCUACUCGCCUCCCCCUCGGCCCCUCCCCAGAAGCACGUUUUCCAGGCCUGCCUUUAACCUGAAGAAGCCAUACAAGUAUUGUACCUGGAAAUGCGCCGCUUUUAGUGCUAUUCUCAUCUCCAUCACGCUGGUGGUGCUGCUGGCAUAUUUUAUAGCCAUGCACCUGUUUGGCCUAAACUGGCACCUGCAGCCGAUGGAAGGGCAGAUGUUUGAGAUCACGGAAGACACAGCCGGCAGUUGGCCAAUGCCAACAGACGUCUCCUUGCAUGCCUCAGGGGGCACAGGGAUAGAGUUACCUGAGAGGAAAGGCAAAGUAGCCGGGGAAGGAAAGUCCAGUACUUUUUUCCCCGAAGACAGUUUUAUAGACACCGGCGAGAUUGACGUUGGCAGACGAGUCAUGCAGAAAAUCCCUCCCAGCCUAUUUUGGAGAUCUCAGGUGUUCAUUGACCAUCCUGUACAUUUGAAAUUUAAUGUUUCGUUGGGAAAAUCGGCCCUGGUUGGGAUUUAUGGAAGAAAAGGACUCCCACCUUCGCACACCCAGUUUGACUUUGUCGAGCUGCUGGACGGACGGAGGCUGCUGAGUCAGGAAGCCAGGAGUCUAGAAGGACCACAACGACAACAAAAGGGCUUUGUGCCACCGGCCAGCCAUGAGACAGGAUUUAUCCAGUAUUUGGAUUCUGGAAUGUGGCACCUGGCCUUUUACAACGAUGGAAAAGAAUCUGAGUUGGUCUCCUUUCUCACCACCACUAUUGCCUCUUGCCCAGUGUUGUGCAGUGGGAACGGACAGUACAUGAAAGGGAGGUGUUUGUGUCACAGUGGAUGGAAAGGAGCCGAGUGCGACGUCCCGACCAAUCAGUGCGUGGACGUGUCUUGCAACAGCCACGGGACGUGCAUCAUGGGAACCUGCAUCUGCAAUCCGGGCUACAAGGGAGAGAGUUGUGAAGAAGAGAUCUGCGCGGCCGACUGUGGGGUCCACGGCACCUGUGUCGGGGGCAGCUGCCGCUGCGAAGAGGGCUGGAUGGGGGCCUCCUGUGACCAGCGAGCCUGUCACCCACGCUGCAACGAACACGGGACCUGUCGGGACGGCAAGUGCGAAUGCAGCCCCGGCUGGAACGGAGAGCACUGUACCAUCGGUGAUCUUCGGUACACCGACAUCGUAGAGUAA